UUGCAGCAAUCAGCUGUGAUUCACAGAAAGGCGACCCAGAACGAUCGCAUUAUUCAUAGUAUUAAUAUCGAUCCACUUAGUUCUGAAGAUAGCGGUGUAUACACUUGUAGUUGGUAUUUUGAUUCUGUUCUGAAUCAGACGAUCACUAAGGAUGUGGACGUAUCGCCAAAGAAAGGACAAAUCAAGGUCUUGAAAAGAACGCCCCAAGAAGUAAACGUCAGGGAGGGCAACUCAAUCAAUCUAUCAGCUGAAUUGGCAGUAUUCCCCAACGAUUUCCCCGGUUUCAACGCUAAAUGGAUUCGGAAAUCUAUCAAACCGCCGAAAACAGUAAAUGAAACGGAAAAUCUUGUCAGCGAUAAUGAUCAUGUAAUAAGUAGUGAAAAGAUAGAUGAAGGGCGAGUGAAUGAACGAAUUACCAUCAAGAACGCUGCAACGGAAAUGAGCGGAAUCUACGUUCUGACUAUCGAACUGCUCGACACUGUUCGGACUAUAGAGUGGAAGGUGAAUGUGCAAAAUGAGCGUAUUAGCGCUCGAAUCGACAUAAUGGCUCCG